UCUAUGAGGACUGGCAUUGCUGCAAGAAUUAGGGUGGGGCUCCUAUUGUGGGCGUGGUUAAAUUUGCUACCAUGACAACAGAGCCACAAGAUGGCCAGAGCAGGAGAUAUGGACGAUUAUUUCAAGACCACAUUCGAAGACAAACUUUUAGUUAAAAUGCCUGAUAGAAACUCUGAUCACCUUACUCCUGCAACAAAACUGUUAGAGAAGAGAAGAGAGACUGCUGAGGUUGAGCAGGCACUGGGAACACAGAAAGAAGAAUUUUCCAUGAAAAUGGAGGCCCUGCAGCAAAGGAGAGAUGAGCUGGAGAGAAAAGAAGUCAAAUUGAAGGAACAGCUAUUCAGAUUUGAUGCUUUUGUCAAAGAAAGUGACCUCAAAAGAUCGAGAGCUUUGAAGAAGACCAAAGGAGAGCAAGAUCUCUGCAAGCAGAAGGACAAGGACAUACAGAGGUUGCAAGAAGAAAUAUUGAAACUAAGUGAAGUUGUUAACAAUCAGCAAGCACAAAUCAGCAAAUACACACUUUAUCAGAAGUUCAUGGAUAGAGUCCUUGAGUUCACACCAGAAUUUGAUGAGUCUCGGGAGAUCAUCACGCGCUAUGAGGCGCUACGUCAGACAAGGGAUGACCUUCUAAAGACUGAAAUAACUAACCAGGACACCAUUGAAAGUGAGAGAGCAAAACUAGCAAAAUUCAUUGAGGACAUGAACAAUGAAAUACUUCACUGCAACAAUGAACUUGCAAGACUACAGACAAAGCUCGAAGAUGGAGAAAAUGAAGCUAUGAAAUGGGAUUCAGAGUGGACCAGGAUACAGACUACAGCAGCAAAGAAGACGCUGCUACUAGGACAAAUAAAAAUGGCUACUCACAACCUCUAUGUCCUCGUUUAUAAGCAUUUAAAAAAGAAAAUACCUCCUCAAGAGUCCGGAGAGACUCUACUGCAGCUUGAUAAAAUUCAGAGUUUUGUGAAAGACCUCACUGAAAUAGUUCAUGAGAUUAAGAGACAUGAGAGUGCUUCUGCUCCAAACAUGCAGUUACUGGCAUCACCAAGAUAUAACUAAUACCUAAUACAUUAUACUCACACACAAAAAAAAAAACAAAAAUGCAUGCAUAUCUCAAUUGCAACUUAAGAUCUUCAUGUUUCAUGAUUGUA